UCUCUCUCUCUCUCUCUCUCUCUCUCUCUCUCUCUGUUUCUUAGAUCGCCUGAAGCAGUCGCGGGUCAACGACGUUUGACCGGCGAGUCACGACAAAAAAAGGGUAUUGCAGUAAUUUGACACAUAUACAAAGACGUACGUACGUAGCCGAGAGAGAGAGUUACAAUUCAACUACUCUUUGAUAUAUUUAUAAAAGGAUAAGAAGACAGAGCAAGAGAGACGAGGACGAGAAAAAGAGGGUGUGUUAUCGGGGAGAGAGAGGUGGAUAUGGUGGAUGUCGUGAUGAGUUGUAGCAGAAAGAUUAAAAGGUCUGUCUCCGGCGCCGGAGAUUGCCGGAAAAGGCGGCGAUGUCAGUCGGGUUUGUCGUCCUCUUCCUCGGCGGCGGCCGCCGGAGAAGGUCGAGGAGCGGAUUUGUUCGGUUCGAUCCCCGACGAUCUCGUCGUCUGUAUCCUCUGUAAACUUAGCUCCACUGCCCGUUGUCCCGCCGAUUUCAUCAACGUCUUGAUGACAUGCAAGAGAUUAAACGGGUUAGCUUUGAAUUCACCGGUGCUGUCGAAAGUUUCUCCGAAAGCUCUUGCCGUCAGAGCAAAAUACUGGUCGGAAUCUGCCGACCGGUUCCUGCGACGAUGCGCCGAUGCCGGAAGCGUGGAAGCUUGUUACAUUCUGGGCAUGAUUCGGUUUUACUGCCUCCAAAACAGAGGGAGCGGCGCUUCCCUUAUGGCCAGGGCGGCGAUUAAAUCUCACGCGCCGGCGUUAUACUCCCUCGCCGUGAUUCAGUUUAACGGAAGCGGCGGAUCCAAGAACGAACCAGAAAACCAACCCCGUAAGGUUCUCCGCGAGCUCGGCCACUGCCUCCAAGACGGCUACGGCGUCCCCCAGAACACCGCCGAGGGCCGACGCUUCCUCGUCCGAGCCAACGCACGCGAGCUCGCCGCCGUUCUCUCUUCCUCCGGUGUCUUCCCCACUAGGUCGUGGCUCACUUGGUCGCACCACGGCGGGGCCACGGCGGUGCUGAGUUCAAGCCCGUUGCUGAGCGAUUUCGGGUGUAAUGUGCCAGCGCCGGAGGUCCAUCCGGCCAACAGAUUCCUGGCGGAGUGGAUCGCCGAGCGCGGCGGCGGAGGUGGAUCGCCCGGAAAUGGGCUGAGGCUGUGCUCGCACGGCGGAUGCGGAAGGCCGGAGACGAGGAAGCAUGAGUUCCGGCGAUGCUCCAUCUGCGGCGCCGUGAACUACUGCUCACGCGCCUGCCAGGCCCUUGACUGGAAACUCCGCCACAAGGCCGAGUGUGCUCCCAUGGAGCGGUGGCUCGAGGAAGACGGCGACGGUGGUGGUGACGGUAUCGGCAACUUUCAGGGAAACGGAGAAUUUAACGGUGACGACGGCGUUAUCCCCAUGAGUUAACGGUAACAGUGACGGCCAACGGUAGAAACGUUAAGAGACGGGAAGAUUUUCACGGUAGGUCCUUUUUCCCCCUGAAAAGGUGAAGUUAAAAAAAAUUACAUCGAGAAAUCGUUAGACGGCGUUGAGUUUUUUUUUAAUCCCAGUCGAAUGUAUAGAGAUGGUAUAAAAAAAAAUCC